GCCUGCUCCGCGACGGGAGGCGAUGUUGAUGCUGGACUGCAAUCCAGAGUCUGAUAGUUUCAGCAAUCUGUUCGAGGCAGGAACUGGUGUGAACGCACCUGCAGAUGCCUUUGGUCAGUCUCCAGCUCACUUGGCUGCUUGUGCCGGUGAAGCUUUUUUCCUACUUUGGCAACUACAGACAGGAGCGAAUUUGAACCAACAGGAUUGCCUUGGAGAAGCCCCAAUUCAUAAAGCAGCGAAAGUCGGGAGUUUGGAAUGUCUUGCUCUCCUUGUUGCUGGUGAUGCCAGAAUUGACUUGUGCAACAACAGAGGACAAACAGCAGCAGACCUGGCACUGGCUUACGGCUUUCUGGAAUGUGCCAAGUUCCUCACAACAAUUCAGCACACUCAGACAAUGAAAUUGAGAGGACAGUCUAGCUACUCACCAAGUGACAAACAUGGCUUGCCAAGAGAGGCUCCAGCUGCACAGAAACAAGAAAGCAAAACCAGCAGAUGCAUAAGCAGGAAGAGGAGAAGAUCAGAUGUGGUUAACCUUUUGAAAAGCCAAAGAAAGCCUGUGUGCCUGCUUCUCAAGUGCCUGGAGAGAUGGAUUAAAUGCAGAUGGAAUACAAAACUGGAACUCUUGGAAACGGUGCCUUUAAAUAAUGGAUUGAGUACUCGUGUUGCUGGUGCAGCUGUGAAGUCCUAUUUCCAUAAAGAGUUAGAGAUACUAGCUGGAAAUAAGCCCAAGACAAAAAUGCUAUCCACUGCCAGUGACCAGCUGAAAAAGAUGCAUGACACCACUUCUUCUCAUCAUGGUAGUAACAUUGGCUUUUCAUAGUCCUAAAAAACAUUGGUGCUCCCUUGUAGCAGCACUAUGAACAAUCCUAGCCAGUUCACAAAGGAAUCUGUUCUAUAUUCUUAUGUGCAGGAAUAAAAACCUUCAUACUGGCAGGGCCUGCCACAGCUGCUAUAAAUAGUAGGUGGAUCAUCUGCAAAUACAAGCUCUGGAACAAAAAAAGAUUAAAAUUGGCUGUAUAAAGCUUCAGAAAAUAUUGAAGAACCA